AUGGCCAUCUUCUCGCUCUGCGCGCGCGACCGCGCCAUGUCCAGCGGUUCGCUGCCGCCAGCAUCGCCGGUGAGCAGCACGGCCUCGAGCGCGGUGUCGGCGCGAGACGACGACGCCCUGAGCGUUGCGAGCGAAUUCUUCAGUGACGUCGAUGACGACGACAACGACGACUGCGCCUCGGACGACGCUGUUGCUGGUGCUGCUGACGACGACGACAACUCCGCUACUGACACCGCCACCGCUUCCGACGAGGGCGCUGCACGUGUCGAGACCACCGGGUCAGCAAAUCCAACAGCUGGUGCCGACUUGCACCGGCUGUGCACGAUGGGCAGCACCAAUCUUCCCGCUGGCGCCGGUCUGACUGACCCCAUGCACACCGAUGGGAUCGGCAACGACGUUGCCCAAGGUGUUACCGGCGUCGACGAUAAUGUUCACGCCGUUCACGACGACACCUUUCAAGACGAUCAAGAUAUAAUGUUUCAAGAUGGCACUCUCCAAUCUGCGCUGCAGAAGGCAUUCGCCUGCGGACGACCUGCGCUCCCACUAGCGUCACUGACAGCUCGGGUACCUCCUGGGUCUCCGCAGCCGGACAGGGAGCGUACGGUGGCUGCGCCGGACACGCACCACGAUGGUGCGACAUUGGACAUAGACGAGGAUCGGACUCUUCCCAGCCACCCAUCUGAUGUUUUGUCGGCCGGACCUGGCUUGACGCCCUGCGUAUCCCGGAAGGGUGCCACCGCGGUUACCCCAUCGGGCGCGGAAGGUGCCUCACGAGAUGAUCGAUUGGAUCCGGGGAAGCACUCUUCCUCGGAGAACGUCGGGGUCACUUCGGACCGGUCCGGGGCCCCUCUUGUGGAUGAUGAAAGCGAUCUUCAUGCCGCAUUAGUGGAUGAGAUGAAGGCACACCCCGGCGAGAGUCCGCUCGAUUCAUGGCUUCACUCUAUUCAAGUGAUGUACACGACGGCAUCGGAGCAAAUUGCGCCUGUAUCCUUGGAAACCAAGGUGGGGGAGGCGUGGAAUCGAACGCUCCAACCUGUGAUCAAGGAUCUGUAUCCAACGAAAUGGGCGUUUCUCGAGAUCGUUCGCAAGCAAGUUAGCCGGCUUAAAUGGAAGCAAGCUCCUGUUUUGGAUCAGUGGUCGACUAAGGUGAAACAGGGCACUCCGGCAGCUCCCGAAAGCUCUCCUGCUCCUUCGCGAGACCCGUACACGCGAUUUAUGUUUAAUCCGGCUAAGUACCAGCCGGCAGAGGUCGCGAAGCUGACGCAAGUGUGCGAAGCUUCUUACGAAGGGGCGUAUGGCCUUGAGAUCGGGAUGCAACCGCAGAGGAAUGGAAAAUUAUUGAGGGCCUGGCGGAAGGGUCUAUAG